UGUGAUCACUUCCUUAUUUUAUUAUCUCUCUCUCUCUCUUUUGUAUCUCAUCCCCAAUUUCUGUUUCACUUUUUGGGUUUUCUUAUCUGUUAUCAGAUCUACACAUCUUUAUAUACUCUUCUAUUUCUAGUUGACUUUCGCUGGAAGAGCUUUUUGCUGGCCAUUUUCUCUUAAAGGAGGGAAGGCCAUGUGAGUUGUUGCAAGCAGACAAGUAUAGGCAUCAUUUUGUUGGGUUUUCAGUGAGCUUAGUAGUUUGGUUAGUUGCUGCCAGAUGGGUAAAUGCAAGGCUUUUGGCAAACUAGGAAGAAUGGUGAGUGACGGGCCUGCGAGUGCUUACCAUUCUUCUCUUCUUCAAUCUCCUGUUGUUUCUGUCUGGGACUGUAUUGUUCGUAAGAUGCGGUAUUCCUUUAGACCUGAGUUUGUGUAGUGUACUUUUAGUAAAAGUUUUAGAUUGGAUAGGGUAGUUUUUUGCAAUAGAAUUAAUAACGGGGCACACAUGAAAAGGAUAAUAAAUUAGUUAUAGAGAGAAUGACCAUGUCUUAGAGAUAUUCUCAACAAAGGGAAAUUCGGAUCGGUUCAAGUGUUACUUGAUUCAUAAUUAGUUGGCAAAAUGGAAUGUGCUAAGGUUGCAUCUGCUGUUAGAAAAGGCAAGAAGAAGCAAGUUAAGGAUGAGUUGGAUAGAAUAAAACAGGCUGAGAAAAAGAAGAGGCGCUUAGAGAAAGCCUUGGCUACUUCAGCUGCGAUCCGGUCUGAACUGGAAAAGAAGAAACAAAAGAAGCAAGAAGAACAGCAAAGGCUUGAUGAACAGGGCGCCGCGAUUGCUGAGGCAGUUGCUCUUCAGGUUCUACUUGGUGAAGAUACGGAUGAUUCAUGUAAGAUCAUCCUGAAGAAGGAAGAAGGAUGGAGCACGUGGGAUGUUAAUAGCAAUUUUAACUUCUUCAUGGGGAGACGACUUCCUCACCAAGACUUCUCGACAUAUUCACUUGAAGGAACAGAGUGGGUUUCUGGCGCAAGCGGGUACGGAUGCAUGUCGAAUGAGUGGGGAAAUUCUGAGUGGAUGGUCUCAUCUGAACCGUGGGUAAGGGAUAUUAACCAUCAAUAUUUUGAUGAGGGAAAUUGGGAGGUUGCAAGAAUUUCUCCUGGUUUUAUUGCAGCACAGGCUGUCUCGUCUCUUCAGAUAGCUGAAGAUGCUCCAGUGGAUUCUUCAAUCAGAUGUUGAGGGAGUGAUUAAUUUGAAGUCUUAGGUUUGUAAUCCAGUUGGUGCUGCCGAACUACUGUUGUUUUUUGUCUUUUCCUUUUAUGGAUUUGAAUAAUCCCCUGUGUAUAUUUGAAGGUGAACUCACCCAACCUUGUCUGCAUAAUGUACGCUUUUGCUCUUGCUUGUGUUUUAAAAUUUACUGUUUUGGCA